AUAACUUUUCAUCACUCGCGUGUCCAGUGUCCAAAUCGGCUUCAGUUCCUCCCCAGUGGAGUUCACUGCAUUGAACACUUGCUAUGAUGAUUUUCCUCGUACCCAAAUCACUGCAAAAUUCAGCCGCGUAGAGAGCUCCCACAGCCUCCGCCACCACUGGGUAGCUCAUCUUUCUUGUAAGACUCUUAACUGCAAGGACACAUCCCUCUCGGCCCUUUCCAAUACCUGUUGAUUUCAUGAAAAUUUCUUGAUUUAUUUAUUUAUAUAAAAGAGUCAACCCAUUUUGUUCGAAAGCACCGACCGGAGAGGCUUACCUCGAAAGAACCUGUACGUACAGGUCACCAUGACACCAUCGCCGGUGUCUAUGGUAUUUCUUGCACAUAUAUUCGUUACACAUGGUAGAAACUCUAUCCAGAGUUCCAAUAAUCUACCCUUUGCCUCGCUCUCAAAAUUUGUGUCAAGACCAUUAAGACUCCAUUUAUUCGUUUCUUUCUUGUUUGAGCGAUUUGAAUUUGAGUUUAGCGGUGGUAAAAGCUUUAGGUCCGCUUCGAUUCGCUUAUAAAUUGAUAUUAUUUAGAGAAAUUCGAUGGAUACCAAUAAUUGGAGGUCCAAUCCAAGUCAAGCCCCCGUAGGAGGAGGAGCAGAAGGCGGAGGAGAACCCACCAUAGACACCGGCGAUUGGAGGACCGAAUUGCCGCCCGAUUCUCGUCAAAGUAUUGUCAACAAAAGAAUGGACACAUUAAAGAGGCAUCUUCCCGUUUCUGGCCAAGAGGGAUUACAUGAACUCAAGAAAAUAGCCAUAAGGUUUGAGGAGAAGAUUUAUACUGCUGCCACAAGCCAGUCACUCGUGCAAUCUCACAUCCAGCAACAACAGCCGCAACAAAAUCUAUUACAACCCAAACAGUUGCAAUCUUCUCAACAAUCAGUCAUGCAAACAUCAUCUGUGAUGCAAUUGUCUCCUCUCUCUGGUCUUCAGCAGAAUCAGCAGCCAUCUAUUCAACAAGCAACACUGUCCAUGCUUGAGCAGGAUUCUCAAUCAGUUCUCAGGCAGCGGCAACAGCCACAGCAGGCUGCUAUUAUUCAUCAACAGCAAACACCAAUGCAGCAGCAGCUGAUAGGGCAACAGUCAAAUGCCACAAAUAUGCAACAGAACCAAUUAAUUGCUCAACAGAAGAGUGUUGGGUACAUGCAACAGCAGCAACAGAGGCUGCUUGGCCAGCAGAGUAAUCUUCAAAACAUGCAGCAGCAGAAACAACAGUUAAUAGCUCAGCAAAAUAACCUCUCUGAUAUGCAUCAGCAACAGUUGGGCUCACAAACUAAUGUUUCUGGGUUACAACAGGAGCAACAACAGUUGCUUGGAACUCGGUCUGUUAACUCAAGUAUGCAAACUACUCAGCACCGAGUACACAUGCUAAAACAGCCCAAGGUUCCAGUGCUGCACCAACCACAACAGAGCGCAUCUAAUCUGUUACCAACUCAAGGGCAGCCGUCACAAUCACAGCCACAGCCACCAGAGCAGCAUCAGCAGCAAUUGAUGUCUCAGAUUCAGUUGCAACAGCAGUCAAAUUCAUUACAAAGGGAUAUGCAUCAAAGGCUUCAAGCAUUAGGUCAAGCAUCGGGUUCCUUGCUUCAACCACAGAAUGUAAUUGAUCAGCAAAAGCAGUUAUAUCAAAGAAUUCUUCCAGAGACAUCAUCAAAGUCUCUAGAUUCCACGGCUCAGAUAGGACAUGCAAAUGGGGAUGGUUGGCAAGAGGAGGUUUAUCAAAAGAUUAAAGCCAUGAAGGAGAUGUACUUACCUGAAAUAAAUGAAAUUUACCAGAAAAUUGCUACUAAAUUGCAGCAGCAUGAUUCUCUUCCACAACAACUAAAGUCAGAUAAACUUGAGAAGUUGAAAAUGUUUAGGACUAUGUUGGAGCGUAUUAUAACAUUCUUACAGGUUUCGAAAAAUAACAUAUUACCCAAUAUCAAGGAGAAGUUGGGGUCUUAUGAGAAGCAGAUAUUGAAUUUUAUAAACGCACAUAGGCCAAGGAAGCCUGUUUCUUCACUGCCGCAGCCACAAUCUCAAUCUACUCAAAAGCAGUCUCAUGAAAAUCAAAUGAACUUACAAGGUUCUGCAGCGGCUCUAGAUUCCACGUCUCAGACAGGACGUGCAAAUGGGGGUGAUUGGCAAGAGGAGGUUUAUCAAGAGAUCAAAGCCGUGAAGGAGAUGUUGGAAUCUUUUGAGAAGCAGAUAUUAGAUUUUGGAGACACAAAUAGGCCAAGGAACCGUGUUUCUUCACUGCAGCAAGGACAGCUUCCCCCGCCACAUGUGCACCCUAUGCAGCAGCCUCAUGAAAAUAAAAUGAACCCUCAGUUGCAUUCAAUUAACUUACAAGGUUCUGUGGCAGCUCUAGAUUCCACUGCUCAGACAGGACGUGCAAAUGGGGGUGAUUGGCAAGAGGAGGUUUAUCAAAAGAUCAAAGCCAUGAAGGAGCUGUACUUACCUGAAAUAAAUGAAAUGUACCAGAAAAUUGCUACUAAAUUGCAGCAGCAUGAUUCUCUUCCGCAACAACCAAAGUCAGAUCAGAUUGAGAAGUUGAAAAUAUUUAGGACUAUGUUGGAGCGUAUUAUAACAUUCUUACAGGUUUCUAAAAAUAACAUAUUACCCAAUUUCAAGGACAAGCUCGGGUCUUAUGAGAAGCAGAUAUUGAAUUUUAUAAACACAAAUAGGCCAAGGAAGCCUGCUUCUUCACUGCCGCAAGGACAGCUUCCCCUACCACAUAUGCACUCUAUGCAGCAGCCACAAUCUCAAAUUACUCAAAAGCAGUCUCAGAAAAAUCAAAUGAACCCUCAAAAUUCUGCAGGGGCUCAAUGAACUUACAAGGUUCUGCAGGAGCUCUAGAUUCCACGGCUCACACGACAUGUGAAUGGGGGUGAUUGGCAAGAGGAGGUUUAUCAAAAGGUAAUAUGAGAUGACUUACAAAAUUCUCAUAGAUUUUCGGAGGAAAAGUUUCUUGAGGGGUUGUUGGAUUUUUGAGUCUAGGUGAAAUUUGGGUUUAAUUGCAAUGUCCGUGGUUGCUGAACAACAGGACAUUAGCAAUUAUAAAACUAUAUAGAUAUGGGAAAUGGAAUAGAGAACAAAGCCUCCCAUCUUUAUAGGAUUAGAAGAAUUAUCUUA